AUGGCAAAUGUACUGCCUGCCGAAAUACUUGCCCACAUCAUCGAGGAAGCAUGGGCCUUUCCUCUUACACUUGUCGAAUGUCUCCGAAUGGCAACAUCAUCCCUUCUCAUCACCUUUUGGUCCAUUGACUCUUCAUUUUCGCCGUUGAAGUUCUGCUGGUCCAUCUCCUUUGUUCUCAAAGUCAAUAUCUGCCACCUCCAUCUCAAAGCGCACCCAGCAUGGUCAGAUAUCCAAGAUCUCAUGCCAGUACUUCAAAAUAUAUUCCCCAACGUCUCGCAGACAUCAGUGAACUACCACAACUGGUGGUACAAUCACGCUGAACUCGUGUGGCUGCAAUUCAUGGAACAAAUAACCGAGUUGGAUAUUGUGUAUACACAUAGCAUGGUGCUCACACAGGAGCAUCUGGAGAAGAAGACAAUGUUGGAUGUUAUUCCUCCACAAGCCUUUCUUGGAGUCAAAAAGUUGACAAGCCACUGA